UCCGGCGCCAGGGUUAGCGGGCACACGGGGCGAUUGCGCGGAGCCUCGGGGCGCUCUUGCCAUAGGGCACCGCAGGCUCCCCGGGCGCGGGCAGAUCCACCGGCCGCAUCUUUGAGCCUCUUCCCCUUCCAUUCUAGGCUGUCGCGGGCCCCGCCGAGCGAGACCACCUGUGAGGGCUGCUGAGAUUGGCGGAGGCGGUCAUGUGGGCGGUCACGUGCUGCGGCGAGCUCCUUCCAAAAGAAAAUGGGGUUUGGUGUAAAUCUGGGGGUGUAAUGUUAUCAUAUAUCACGCUACCUCGUAAAACCGACACUGAAAGCUGCCGGACAACAAAUCACAGGUCAAAAUUAUGAGUUCUUCGUAUUAUGUGAACGCGCUUUUUAGCAAAUAUACGGCGGGGGCUUCUCUGUUCCAAAAUGCCGAGCCGACUUCUUGCUCCUUUGCGCCCAACUCGCAGAGAAGCGGCUACGGGGCGGGCGCGGGCGCCUUCGCCUCCACCGUGCCGGGCUUGUACAAUGUCAACAGCCCCCUCUAUCAGAGCCCUUUCGCGUCGGGCUACGGCCUGAGUGCCGAUGCCUACGGCAACCUGUCCUGCGCCUCCUACGACCAAAACAUCCCCGGGCUCUGCAGUGACCUCGCCAAAGGCGCCUGCGACCAGGCGGACGAGGGCGCGCUGCGCGGCCCGGCCGAGGCGAAUUUCCGCAUCUACCCUUGGAUGCGGUCUUCAGGACCCGACAGGAAGCGGGGCCGCCAGACCUACACGCGCUACCAGACUCUGGAGCUGGAGAAGGAAUUCCACUUCAACCGCUACCUGACCCGGCGCCGCCGCAUCGAGAUCGCCCAUGCGCUCUGCCUCACCGAGCGCCAGAUCAAGAUCUGGUUCCAGAACCGCCGCAUGAAGUGGAAGAAAGAACAUAAGGACGACAGUCCAGCCCCCACUGCAGCCCCUGAGGGCACCGCCGUGCCCUCCGCUGCCAGCACCGCCGCCGUCGCCACCACGGCUGACAAGGCCGAAGAGGAGGAGGAGGAUGAAGAAGAGGAAGACGAGGAGGAGGAAUAAGGGGCCUAUUCUGGGCCCUAUCCCCUGCCCUGGACAGUCGGAAAAGAGUCUUUAAGAGACUCACUGGUUUUAUUUACAAAAAAAAAAUAUGGGAAAUAAAAAGAAAAUGUAAAAAAAAAAUUCCAAGUCCCCAACCACAAACCCACCCCAUCCCCACCCCAUCACGCACUCUAGCUCCCAACUUUUCUGGACUGAGGCGGCUGGAGAUUAGAUCGUCUUGGGGAUCCCCUCUGUUUCUGAGGAUCCCACUAGAUACCCCCAACCCCAGGCCAGUGCUGUUCACUGGCACAGCCAAAAUACUACCUAGCACAGGCCUCCUUGAGAGGCACCCCCAAACUACCUAUGGGCCCAGCCCCAGUGGGCCUCCACUCCCAGGAAGCCCCCCCACUGUGUCCCAACACUGGCAGAUACCUAGCACCACCCCGCAUACCUGCAAGAACAGGAUUCUUUUCAGUACUACCUACUAGCCCCAAACUACCUAUUUUGUGCUGGCUAGCUUGCCUGCUUUUUUGGUGCUGGCCUUCUGAGGCCAGGCCAGGCCAGGCCCCUGAGCUUCCCGGGGACAGCCUUUGAGGUCCUUCAUGGACAAGGCACUGGGGUCCAGGGACCAGAGCAAUGGCUUCUAUUUAAAUUGAAAAAUAAUAUAUUUAUUCCAAAGCAUACUAAAUGCUGCAACCUAGAAUCCCUCUUUUUCUGGCUUGGCCACCCCCAAGUUCAGGUCCAACACACCCACUUCUGGAGAGGAGCAUUCCUGAGCGGCAGACCUCUGGGUUCAUUUCUGCUUUGUAGGAUUUCAGAGCUGCUCUCAGCCUAACGGUCCCCUCCCCUGUCCUUGCGUCCUACGGUCAGCCAUGUCAAAUAUGUGUACCCUGACUUUUCCUACAAUGGCAAAUACUGUAUAUUUGAACAAGAUUUUUUCCCCCUUGUUUCUCUCGUCUCGGAGCUCAUUUGUAAAGGAAUGUUUUGACUUGGGGAGGAUGUGUUCCUUGGGUGACUUUGUAGCAUGGUGUGUUGUCUUGAACUAACUCUGUAGUGGGUGGGGGGUCCCUAAGCCCUCCCAGAUGCCCUUCAUCUCCUGUAUUGUCCUGUGUCCCCCUUAGCUCCAGCCUGGGGUUCAGGGAAGGCAUGCUUCCCAGCCCAGCUAAUCAUGUUUUAUGUAACAAAAAUAAAGAUGCUUG